AUGGCAGGGAAGAUUAACCGUCAUAGCGAAUCAGUCGUUAUUCGAAGUCUUCGGCGCUUGAAAGAGUUGUAUUGGCCUCCCGGUGUGAGAGACGUCGUUGGGGAUCAUGGAGCGGAGGAGCCCGGUUUUUUGGAAUGUUUACCUGUGGAAGUGCAGUUCCAAAUCAUGACCCUAUUGUCCUCUGUGGACAUCUGUCGCCUGGGAGCAACCAGCCGCUACUGGAGGGCCUUGAUCCGGGACCCAUUGUUGUGGAAGUUCUUUCUCCUCAGGGACAUGCCUAAGUGGCCCUCCAUCGAUCACGUAACGAUGCCGCAGCUGGAGGCGCCAGAAGGCCCGGUCAUCGCUGACAACGCAGAACAGGACGAUUACGAGACGACAGAAUCCAAAGUUGACUACAUGGCAGAAUAUCUGAAAGGAUGCCCGUCAUGCAGACAGAAAUGGCUUCCUUCGUGGCCACCGUACCAUGUGUUGACGUUCUUCAUGCAUUCUUUGGUGCCCUCAUCUGAGCCACGCUACAUCAUGUUCGGGCCCGGCAUGGAGCAACUGGACGUUUCUAUAGUCACCAGGCUCAUGCGCGCCUCUGAUAUUCUGCAAAUGUCAGUCACUCGGAACAGUCACAUCAAUGGACCUUCAGUGAUCGGCUCUGGCAUCAGUUACAUGUUCAACAACCAGCACAAGUUCAACAUCUUUACACUAUAUUCGACAAACAAAGCAGAGAGGGAGCGUGCCAAACUACAGAAGCAGUACAUGAGUGGGAAACUCUUCACUUUAAUAGGGAGCAAUGACUCGGGGGACCCAGUCUUCAGGCCGGCUCCCCAGGUGCAGCAAGUGUGCCAGGUUGUGGAAGGGGUCAUCUAUGUGGCGAAUGCUGAGCCAGGCAACGGUGAAGGUGAGUCUGAGGGGGCUCAAAUCAGAGCUGUGCUGUGCUCCACAUCCAAACCCUUGUUGGUGCUCUCGUGCAUCUCAAGAGAGGAAAGCCAAGCAGUCGGGACCACCAGAAUGCAAAGCAACCGUCGAACGCCCUGUGUUGACAUGGCAAAGAGACUCGGCCUGCCUCAGUUACCUAAUCCAUGGAUGGUGCAGGAUACAGUUGCAGAAUCUCUCUCUGGUCUUCUGGAUGGUAUUUCUUGGUUGCUGAGAUCCUCAGGUGUCAAAGUCUUUGAUAGUUAGUUACUUGUUUGUAUUUACAAAAAUUGUUUUUACAAAUCCUGUAUAUGGCACAGAAACACGAGAAAGUUCUUGUUUGCUGGCAAAAAGCAAAGCAAGUAGAUGCAAAAGAAAAAGAGAUGUUCCUGGGGAAAAGUUAGGGUUGCUAUUUUCAUUGCCGUUCCACUCAUGUAUUUUUAAUGGGUAAUUUUGUCUGAAUAAUAUUGAUCUAAAACAGAUGGUGUAAAGAAGUCACAUCCCUGAAAUAUGAGGAAAACAUAUCUGUGAGAAGAGGGCUAUUUACGAUUUUAUAUGUGAGGUAAAUACAGUUGAGAAUAAAUUUAGCACGUCAUA